UGCACCACCUGAUGAUCCCUGCAGCCUGAAGCCCACCGUCCUGCCUUCAACGUCCUUAUGUCGGUAAAACUCUUCUUCUAUGGAAAUAAAGUGCCAUUUUAUCAAAGUUUAUUUAUGUAUGACAUAAUCUCACCCUCGAUCUAUUAAAAAACGAUGUCUCCCUGUGCGUAAAAUGCCGCGCUCAGUGCGUCCUGGCGCGGACGAUUCCUUGGAAAAUGUGCGGUGUCAGUCGCGUUUCCUUCACGCCCCGCUGCUGUGGAUCGGUGCUGAGCAGGAGUGGCAUCUCGGCGACAAAAUCCGAAUGAAAGAGCGUCCUUUAGAGCUCAGGCAUGCAUCGAGUAGUGAGAUCAUUGGCGUUAUAAAUAUCCCGGUGCCAGCAGAACAACUCCAGCUCCUGCAGCCGGGGUAAUGCUCAGGAGCGCUGCACGCGUGUGUGCGCACGGUUUGCGGUGCCCAGACCUCAGGAGCGACACCAAAAAUGCUCGGAGUGGCAUAGCGAGUGUCUCCUGUUUGGAAGAAUGAAUGUUCCUCUUUACCUUCUGACCGUCGCCCACUUGAUUUGCGCCGCCGCCGGAGCAGAGCACGUCUCUUUGGAGCGCCAACUUCUGGAGGAGGGGAUCAGUUCGGGACGCAGGACUUGCAGGCUCUACUGUAGGGUUGGCAUCGGCUUCCAUCUCCAGAUUCAUCCCGACGGCAGAGUCAACGGCAGCCAUGAGCCCAACCAGCUGAGUGUCCUGGAGCUCUUUGCGGUUUCUCAGGGGGUCAUCUGCAUCAAAGGGGUCUACAGUAACAGAUUCCUGGCCAUGAAUAAAAGAGGAAGGCUCUACGCCACUGAAUGGUUCACUGAUGACUGUAAGUUCAGGGAGCGAUUCCAGGAGAACAGCUACAACACUUACGCCUCAGUAAUCCACAGGAACCACAGGACUGGUCGUGACUGGUUUGUGGCGCUCAAUAAGAGAGGGAAAGCUAAAAUGGGCUCCAGUCCCCGGGUUAAAUCCCAGCAUGUCUCCACUCACUUCCUGCCCAGGGUCGACCUGCAUGACAAGAGCGAGCGUGGCUUCACGAUCACUGAGAGGAGCAAAGAGAGGAGGAAAACCCCACCGCCACUACCGCCCAAACCUCCACUGGCGAAGGCUGUCCUUCCAAGAACACCCACGAGACGUACGCAGGUCAAAUACUGGCCGAAGUAUCGGUUUGGAUAGGUGUUAUUGACUCAGUCUGGGGGACAAAAACUUCAUAGACGUUGGACAUAUGUGAAUCGCAUCCCCCUAACUGACAAUGUUCAAUAAUCGCAUUCAAAACAUUCCGGGUAUCCAUAAAGUGUGUGACAAACCUCAAAGGGCUGCCAUGUAAAACACUGAGCUUUCCUUUGUUCAAGCUGUGAUCAUGGUUGGGGUUUCCACUUAAGUUGAUGAUGCGCUGUCUUGUUUUAUGUUUUAGUAUCAUCGAUCAUCAAUCAUCCAUGUCAUGUCCUGCAUCACUAUGUCAGUCAUAUAUUAUUAUGUGAGGGACUGCACAAAAAUGUGUUUAUGUACUUAUUAUAAUCAACUCAACUCAGGGGACGGUCUAAAGAAGAUAUUGAUGGGUUUUAAAAGAAAAACAUGUUUGUGCAGUCCCUUAAGUGUGGAAAUGAUGCACUGAAGUACAAUGAGACAUGGAUUUUGUAAAAUGAAAGUUAUGUUAUGUUGUGUGUGAAGGCUCUUGUUUGACCAUACUUAUAUUAGUACAUUUUUAUACUAUAUAUAGUACAAUUAAUACAGCUGAUAUAUUAUACUUAAAACAAGAUGAGAACUUCUAAACAAGUCCAGAGAAAUAAGAGCACAUAGAUAAGAUGUCGAUUUUCGCUUUAAACACAGAAAAAGUAUGAAAGUGAGACAGUGCUUCAAACAUUUCUCCUGCCUAAACGCCCCCCCCCCCCCCCCACGCACCCCCCCACAGAUUUGAGAUAAUCAACAUGAAAAUGAGGACUGGUUCACUGGAGACUCCUAGACAGCUGGGGGAUAAAGGAGAACAUUCUGUCCAUCAAAACAUCAUUUUAGCAACCGGCUGUCCCCCUGAAAAAUCCAGAGUCAUGACCUCGCGGCAUUCCCCCCAGGAGCAGCGUGCACCGCCGUCACCACAGGGAUAAAGAUGCCAAGAAAGAGCGGUCACUUGUUUUGGGGAAGGUUGGAGCAGUAGGUGUAUCAGAUGGCAAGCAGCCGUGGAAGGGCACUAGGGACAUCUCUGGGGAGGAGAGCAAGACCCUAAACUAUAAAUUACAAUGCUGUCUUUUUAUUUAAUUGUUUGGAUUACGAGCUUGUGGUUAUCUUUUUUAAGAAGCAUUCUAAAAAACUCAAAUGGACAAUCUGUCACAAUACUUUGAUUAUAUUCCUCUGUCAGAACCUGUGUAUUAACCUAUGUGAAAAAGUACAUUAUGACACAAUAUAUCUCAAAACCUAAAAUAUCUCUAUUUUUCAUAUUAGGCCUGUAACAAGAAGAGUAAAAGUAUAAAACAUGUGUUUAUAAACUUUCUAUUUAAAUUGCAAUUAUUAGAGCUUGGUUUAAAAAGAACGUUAGGGUAAUGAACGUGGCUGAUUUUAUAUCUUUGAACAGUAUUCUAUUAAAAUGUUAUAUCCAAACGGUAUUUAACAAUGUCAAGACAAACCAAGCAAGCAGAAAGCACUCAGAGCUAGAAUUCUACUACCUGUCCAGCUGUGGGUUUCAUGUCUGGAUCACACCAUAAUGUAUAUGUUCAAACUGUUACAGUUAAAAAUAUUAUUUAUUAUAAUAUAUCUGACUUUACUCUGUCGAACGUGCUAAUAAUCUGCCCAUGUGUGCCGCCUGUUAAAAAAUGAUUUGCAGUGCCCAUGAUGUAUCCAAUGCACUGCUUUAGCUUGGCAAGCUAACUGUUAGAAAUUAAUUAAAUAAAGCUAAAUUGUAACUUUG